AUUCAGGGCAUAUUUGCACUAACUUACCUGAGUAAAGAGAAAGCUGUUCCUUUAAAUUGUGUUUGCUGUGACUCUGGAAACUGARCAAACAACAUCUGAGGAAAGCUUUACUCUCAAGCAGAACUGACAGGAAGGUGCAAGGACGGAGGACAGUAAACUUCUGUGGGACAUAUCUGCCUCUGGAUUCACAACUGAAUUGCAAAUCUCUUAACAACUUGGGGGAGUUCAAUGCAGAUUUUUUUGGACRUACUUCAUCCCAAUGGCAAAUGAGAGACUGGCUCAGCCCCUGAGUGUCAGCUCAGAUUCAGAUAAAGCUGAUGGAGUUGUGGAGGCUACCUGUCUUCUGCUGCACUGCUGCUGAUCUGCCAUUUCAGUUGCCAUAGAGACAAGCUCUGGAAGCCAUGGAUGAGCACAGGAGAGAAGCCACCCACAGGCUCACCACCAGUGGGCUCCAUCAGGGCUCUCAGCAGGUGCUAAGAGAGUCAGGUUCAGUCUCUGAAGGUGAGGAAGAAUCAGCCGGUACUAACCCAGUGACCCACGAGGGGGACUUGCAAGCACAUCACAUUGCCAUUCAAAGAAAUUCCAGGUACUACCGAUCCAUAAGGCUGCCAAACAGAGGGAAAAGAAAGACUUCGAGAGACUCAAUACACAUGGGGCAUUCUACAGGUGCACUUAAAAACAAUGAGCCCAUCAAAGAGCCUCUGAAUGUUUUGCCUCAUACGGGAUCACCAUCUCCAGCAAACUCUGAUCCAACAACAUUAGAUGAGCUAUGGAUCCAAAGGGUUUCACUCCUGGAGAAGAAAUGCACCAUAUGCACCAGAUCUGGAAGCAGUUCAGGAGAACCCCCCUCUGCCACCCCCUUCCCUUCCUCAAAGUCGGCGCCAUCCACACAUAGGCAGAGAGGCGCAGGGGAUGGGGGGCAGCGCUGCUCCCCGGGGCUGAGGGACGGGAGGCUGCUGCCUUCCUACCCCCGUUACCGUGGCAACCGCCCGGUCUCCCCCAGCCCUGCACCGCCACCGCCGCUGCCGCCGGAGCUGCUGGGCAGCCGCCUGCCGCCGCCGGCCAUGGAGCUGCUGGCUGCGGCCCUCAGCGCCGCCUGCGCCCUCGACCAGGACGGCUCGGCGGGACAGUCCGGCAGGGACCCCGCCGCCGCUGAGGAGACCCCAGCCGCCGGCACGGCCGGGGCGCCGCCCGCACAUCCCAUGACGGCCGACUCCUGGAGGAACCUCAUCGARCACAUCGGGCUCUUGUAUCAGGAAUAUCGAGAUAAAUCUACACGCGAGGAGAUUGAAACCAGGCGACUGCAGGAUUCACAGACAGACCCUGAGGAGAUCUCACCCAGUGAGGAAACCCCAUCUGAAGCAGAAUCCACAAGUACAAUCGAAAAUAAAGCUCCACCACAAAUAAAUUUGCUGAGAAAUUCCAACUCCAGGUUCAACUUAUGGCAGGAUCUUCCUGAGGUCCAGAGCAGUGGUGUCCUCAGCAUCCUCCAGCCAGAUGAGAUCAAGCUGCAAGAGGCCAUGUUUGAGCUGGUUACUUCUGAAGCAUCGUAUUACAAGAGUCUGAAUCUGCUGGUGUCUCACUUCAUGGAGAAUGAACGUCUGAAAAAGAUCUUACACCAGUCUGAGGCACACAUCCUCUUCUCCAAUGUGCUGGAUGUCAUGGCUGUCAGCGAGCGCUUCCUGUUGGACCUUGAGCAGCGGGUGGAGGAGAACAUUGUGAUCUCAGACGUGUGUGAUAUUGUUUACCAGCACACAGUUAGUCACUUCUCUGUGUACAUCACCUACGUCUCCAACCAGACCUACCAGGAGAGAGCCUACAAGCAGCUUCUCCAGGACAAACCAGCCUUCCGGGAAGUGAUCUCACAGCUGGAGCUGGAUCCCAAGUGCAAAGGCCUUUCCUUUUCUUCCUUCCUGAUUCUGCCAUUUCAAAGGAUCACUCGACUCAAGCUGCUGGUACAGAAUAUUUUGAAGAAAGUAGAAGAGAAGUCUGACAGGGAAUCCACUGCACUAGAUGCACAUAAGGAACUGGAAACAGUGGUGAAAGCAUGUAAUGAAGGUGUUCGGAAGAUGAGCCGAACAGAGCAGAUGAUCAGCAUUCAGAAAAAACUGGAAUUCAAGAUCAAGUCUGUACCCAUCAUCUCUCACUCYCGCUGGCUGCUGAAGCAGGGGGAGCUGCAGCAAAUGAAUGGUCCAAAGACAUCACGAACACUUCGCACCAAGAAACUCUUCAGAGAAAUCUACUUGUUCCUUUUCAAUGAUCUGCUGGUGAUUUGCCGGCAAAUUCCUGGGGACAAGUACCAAGUGUUUGACUCUGCUCCCCGAGGGCUUCUUCGGGUAGAGGAGUUAGAAGAUCAGGGGCAAAGUUUGGCCAAUGUCUUCAUCUUGAGGCUGCUGGAGAAUGCAGAUGACCGGGAGGCCAGCUACAUGCUGAAGGCAUCAUCCCAGAGUGAAAUGAAGCGCUGGAUGAUUUCACUAGCCCCAAACCGGAGAACCAAAUUUGUUUCAUUUACAUCCAGACUUGUCGACUGCCCRCAGAUCCAGUGUGUCCACCCAUACGUGGCCCAGCAGCCUGAUGAGCUCUCCUUAGAACUGGCUGAUGUCCUCAACAUUCUGGACAAGACAGACGACGGCUGGAUAUUUGGGGAACGUCUUCAUGACCAGGAGAGAGGCUGGUUCCCCAGUUCUAUGGGGGAGGAGAUCCUGAACCCCAAAAUCCGAGCCCAGAACCUGAAGGAGUGUUUCCGCGUGCACAAGUCUGAUGACAGUCAGAGAAGGAAACUGGGCAGCAGAAACCGCCAAUGACUGCCAGCAUCCCCAAGCAUCUGGAGUGCCUCAGAGGGGCAGGAAACAGGCUGCCCGCUGGGAGGAUGUGGCAUCUAUGGGACACUGUGGGGGACCUGGCAUACUGGAUGAGGCACAGACACCCAUGAACAAACAGACUGUUGCUCCUAGGCCCUCCAGAAGCACUGGUCCUGUCUUGGAGAUCAACGCUUUAAACUGUAAAUAACCCAUUUCCAAGUGUUCUGUAAAGCCCCAAAGAGCACGAGCUCAACGGACACUGCCUGAAGGCCACCGGGUUCUGGCCAGCUGAGCCCCAUUCCCUGCACAUGUGCUGGCUGGGACARGCUCAGGCUGCUUGGGAAAGGUAAUGGCCACAAACAUCACUGAGCAAUUAAUCUGCCAUUUUGAGCACUUUCAGGUCAUUGCUACCUUCCACAUCUGGAGUGCUCCGAACACACCGCAUCGCAGAGGGGUAAAACCGAGGUCAAGGAGCAGUCUCUCUGUCUCUCAGAGCUCAUUUGCAACAGGCUGGGAUGAGCCCCAGGACCUCCACCACCCUAGUCCUGUGAAGCUGUGGGGCUCAUUCCCACAAGCAAACCCUCGAUCUGCUUCCAGUCAAAUGCUCUGCAGUGCUCCACACCCAGCUCUGCUCCAGCAGAAACCCAGCCUUGCCAGCCCUGACCCAUGCCUGCCUGACAGGCUCAAAGCAUGUCUGGACCCUGUUCCAUGGCUCAACCCCCUCUYCCGCAGCCUGCCUCCUUCUGCAGGGCCACCGCAGAACCCUGGCAUUGUGGCCUUUUCCAAUUGAUCUUGYACUCAAGAUCUUUGCUACUCCCUGCUGCUGAGGCCAGAGCAGGGGUGGCCGUGCCAAUGUCAUCUCGCACACCACACAGACCAUGGGAGCACCAGCAGCCCCAGCUGCCAUGCAGCAGGCGAGUGACCUUACCUGGGAGCUGCUGUCCUGUGUGCCCUAGGAGGCCCAGCCACUGCUGCCUGCAUGCUCAUAACCCGCCCCACCAGCCUCCCUGUACAUACUCACCUCCGUGUAUAUAUGCGAGCCCUGCGGCCGGCAGAGCCGGCUUAUCACUCCUUCCAGCUGUGGCACUGAGCAGCRCAUGGAACCUGGACACAGCACUGAGAGCAGGUAGGGGACGGACCCACAGCAGCCAUCUGCUCUUCAACUGCCCCACACGUGGCUGAGGGCCUCAGCCACAGGCUGGAGGCUGUGGCCAGUGUCCAUUAGGUUAUUUGGCACCUUUGUGUAACAACGCAAAGGAUUAUCUUCCAGGCACUGYAGCCUGUGCUGAUGUAUGCUUUGGCCAUGCAUGGCUGUGCUCAGAAAGGGGAGGGAGAGCAGCUGCUGAAGGUGCCACACAGCAGCCUCAGCACAGAGGUGAGGAGCACAGCCACACCAGCAGCAGCAUGAGGACAAAGCAGAGCGCUUUGUGGGAAGCUGCAAAGGGAGGGUCCAGAGCUGCUCUUUGGACCACGUGGCGUGUGCAGUAUAAGGCCAAACACAGAUGAGAGGGUUUCCAGGGCUGUCCCUACUGACACCACAGACCUGGGACACCUAGCCCAGAGCCAGGCUCCAGGACCAAAAUGGUGAAAGACACAGUAGUGAAGGGGGAGAGAAGGCGUUCUUCAACCGGGCCCAGAGCAAUGCCACCACAUUAGCAUGUGACAACAGCCAGCAGGCUGUGCUGCCUUGGCCACCUGUGGGAAGUUCACACUAGUUAGAAGUUCCCAGUCACUGUCCAACUCCAGAGCUCAGUCAGGAAGGACUUGCAGCCUCCAGUUUAGUGCAUUGGGCAAAUUUAAUGGGGACACGCCAAGCCAGGUCCCUGAGCAGCACCCCCACAGAGUCAAGUGUUCUGAGACAACCAAACAUCAAGCUCAGGAUUCAGAUCUUGCAAUAGCCACAGAUUCACUAGUGUGAACCCCAAAAGAGCUCUAGCUCUAAGAAGUCCUUAAAAUGACCUGAGAAAUCACCAUAUGGUCCAGCUUUGCAGCCCAGCAGCCAGCCCAGUCCAGCCCAGGCCCUGCAGGUUCACAUAUCUGCCUGACAUGUUUCUCAUGGCACAGAAAUGCUCCUUGCCUGUCAGAUGUUUCACCACUUCCCCAGUGCCAGGAUGCCAGCUCCUCGCUGCACUUCUCCAGGAAGAGGGGCUCAGUGCUGCUGUGUCCUGUCCUGUCACCCACCACCAAGCCCUGACAUUGCUCCAGGCCCUCCUGCUCUGCUGUGACUCCACAGGACUCCRGACGCCAGGCACAGGCUGUGCCCUUUCCAGGUGCCAAACACCAUCCAGUGUUAUUCCCUCAGACCCAGCCCUGCACGCCUCCAUCUUAGUGGUCUCCAGUGUUGUACAGGGCCAGGCCUGGGGCCCACAAGCACGGGCUGGAGCCCCCAGCCCUUGCCAGGCUGCCUCAGCAUACUGAGGGGAAUUUCUUGUUGUUUUGUUUUUCUGUGUGAUAAAAUGUAACUGAGCAA